AUGCUCCCCACAAGGAUACUACGGGCGGCCCAGGGCUCCAAGCCCAACAUCACGGGCUUCAACAUGCGUCAGUUCAAGGCCUCCUCCGGACAACCGAAAUACGACCCUUGGGAGCGCACUGAGGCUUGGCGGUACGAGGGUACUUUCACCCGCUGGAACCGAUUCAAGGGCGGCCUUCCUGGCCUGGGCACGGCGUCAGUCGCUUUCGCCGGAUACUGCGCAUACGAAUACUUCUUCCUCGAGGACGAGCACCACGGCGAGGGACAUGGCGAGGGCCACCACUAA